AUGCUCCAAAUCAACUUAUCUCUCCAGAAUGCGAGUGAGUUGAUCCAUGAUGUCAUUGGAGAGGCGUUUCGAGCUGCCAAACUCUCUAACUACACGCAAGCGCUUCAGGAGAUGGAAAAGCCGGAACGAUGGCAAACAUGGGCACUUGGUAUGGUGAUAAUUUCUGCAUGCUCGUUCUCGGCACCUCUAGGAAUGUUGGCUUUACCGUGUCUCAGUAAAGCUCUCUACGAGCGGACUAUGAUUUUUCUCAUCGCUCUUGGUAUUGGUGCCCUGAGUGGCUCAUCUAUGUUCAUCAUGAUUCCACAGGCUUUUCAUCUCACCCAACUGGACGACUUCAACUACCACUCGAAAUCUGCGAUCAUCGUUUGCGCGCUCUACACAUUCUUCUCGGUUGACAGGAUUCUACAGUACGCGUUAGAGUUCCGGAGGCGCAGACAAGCAAAACGGAGAGUGCACACCUCGACGAUAGUAUCGAUUAUGAACAACACUCCUCAGAUGAGGGCGCGUCAUUCUACCGAAGAGACUACUCUCACAAGUAUCUCGGCAUCGAAUUGCGGCCAAAACGGAGAAACGAAGAGAAGCACUGUUACGACUAAAGGAGUGGACCAAGACAAGGAGAAGGCUGAAUUAGCGGAAGAAGUCGAAAUAGCUAUGCUGAACAAUGCUUUUGCUCGCACGUUCUCUACUCGUCGUCGUUUUGCCGUUAUGAGCGCCGUGGACGCAAUCGAGAUCAGAGACGCAGGCCGUCGGGGGAGCGAAUGCAAUACGCGAAACGACUUUCUGGAGACUGUCAACAACGAUUUAUCUCGGAAUCAAAAUCACUUCCUCGAUGUUGUACAAAACGAUGUCUCCAAGGCUUUAUCCGUUGCGAAACCUCCAUGUGUAGAAGAUCCUCCAGGGGCAGUGCAGAAAAGGACGGUCAGCGACGACGAAGUUUCGGUGUCGGUGAAGAUCGUCGAGAAGCACGUCAUCGAUCCGUCGUCGAUCGAGGUAGCCAGUGUGGCAUAUAUGAUCAUUUUUGGUUCCAGUGCCAACAACUUCGUUGAUGGAAUGAGUAUGGGUGCUGCUUUUUCUGACAGUCUUCUUCGUGGUAUGAGUAUCGGGAUUGCCGUCGUGUCGCAGCAAUUUCCUCAGGAAUUGGGAACUCUCGCCAUACUUAUCAACUCCGGCCUUGGUUUUCGUCGUGCUAUGCUCUACAAUCUGAUACCAAUUUUUCUCAGUUAUCUCGGAUUCGUUUGUGGUGUGUUGCUGGAUAAUGUCGACGAAGGUUAUGAUGACUACAUUUUCUCUGUAUCGUCUGGGAUGUAUCUGUACAUCUUUCUUGGCACGCUGAUACCAGAGAUACGGGACAGCUGCAACGAGCUGAUGAAAGUGAAUAUGGCCGAGAGCUUACUUGUCACCUUUCUGCAAUUUUUAGGAAUAACAUUUGGAAUCUGCUUCAUGUUUUAUAUGAGUACCGUUGGGGAUGUGGAAUUAUAA